UCGUGUCUAAUGGGUUAAUCAGUUACGUCUCUCAGUUGCGAGUCCCUCACAGGCGCUAAAUCUGAAGAGCACUUCAAAGAAGGAUUCACAUCACCACACAUAGACGCUCACAAAUCAAACCACAGACGGACAAACUCAGAUAUUGAGCAUUUAGUAAUAGAUCGACACUACUUGGGGGCUGUGUAAAACUUUAAUCAAAACAAACUGACAUAAACAGGAAGACUCACGGCGGACGGCGCGAGCGAGGAGUCGCAUCAAUCACGCAAGAUGCAGCGCGGCUUCACUUCUUCGCACUGACCGGACUCGGGGCGUUUCGUAUAUCAUCGAACGCGUUCCGUCGAACUAUCGAACAGUCACUCGGACUCUACUUUCCAAUAUAAUGCUAUUCUAAAAGCUGCAUGUCCUGUCCCGAACACAUUUAUUAACAUCACAGGCGCAUGUGGGACCUUUUCCAGCUGUGCCGUCAUUAACCCCGCUGCUUACCGUCACUUUUCAACAUGAUCAACACCUUUGGCCAAGGGUAGUUGAGAGCAAUGGCACCUUGUUAUAAAACCUGUUAUCUGGAUAUUUGCGUCUCCCACCUCAACUAAGACUCAAAGACAAAUUUGUGUGAUCAAGAUGCAGAUUAUUUCAGCCGUGUUGCUCAUGUUUUGUUUGCACAAGUGUUGCUGGAAGGUCACAUGCAGACGAGUUCAUAUUCCAGAGGUGGGUCUUGUGGACUGGGGCGAGGCAGAAAACGAGGAGCAACCCUCCCCUAAAAGCGCCAGUCCUCGCAUUCUUAACCCCCUGCGCCUAUUCGCCCGCGGAUCCCCUGGGUUCAAGAGCAACAGGAGGGAGAUUGCGUAUUUAGAAAACAUCGAGGACUCCUGGGACUGGUUAUCUAACCAGACAGAUGUCCGAGAGACCCAGAGCAGGACUAAACGCAGACCCAUCGUGAAAACGGGCAAGUUUAAAAAAAUGUUCGGCUGGGGAGAUUUCAACUCCAACAUCAAGACUGUCAAACUGAAUCUCCUCAUAACAGGCAAGAUUGUGGACCACGGUAAUGGCACGUUCAGCGUUUACUUCCGCCACAACUCCACAGGUUUAGGCAACGUCUCGGUCAGUCUGGUACCACCUUCCAAGGUGGUGGAGUUUGAGAUCGCCCAGCAGUCCACCCUAGAGACAAAAGACACGAAAUCGUUCAACUGCCGCAUCGAGUACCAGAAGACGGAUCGCAGCAAAAAGACUUCACACUGCAGCUAUGACCCAUCCAACGUGUGCUACCAAGAGUCCACCCAAAGCCACGUGUCCUGGCUGUGCUCCAAGCCCUUCAAAGUCAUAUGCAUCUACAUCGCCUUCUACAGCACUGACUAUAAACUGGUGCAGAAAAUCUGUCCAGAUUAUAACUAUCACAGCGACACGCCAUACGCAUCCACAGGUUAAAACAGUGAGAACGACUUAUCUCAUCCUCACCAUGUGUUUCAUCUGAUUUAGAAGCAAUUAAAAUAAAUCCAGAUGUUUCGCAUUAGGCUACACCACUGGCAUGUGCUUCAACCUCUGCCUUUGCCUUUUGCGAUACAGCAGUCGUGACGUUCGUUUGAUGGCAAAACUGAUUUGGGUUUGUUUUUUUUUCUCUCUCUCGUGGCUUUAAACAUCCCACAUCCAAGAAGUUAGAUUGGGAAUUUUUCCAUCUUUUUCGCUAAUUGUCAAGCUAAUAAAUUCCGAGACCUACAAAGGAUAGAAUAUAAACGUGAAACACCUUUUUAUUGUAAGGUUUAUGUGUGUGUUAGUGUGUGUUAGUGUGUAUGUGUGCGUUUGAGCAGUUGUCAAGAUAAGUGCGAAUGGGUUAAAUCACGGGGCAAAGACAUCACACACAAAUGCCUCAUCUCGCAUUUCACAAAAGCCCUAUGUGUGAAUUGAGAUCUGUGUAUAAUUUCAAAGAGUAAUUUGUGAUGUCUCACGAGAGCACAAUUCAUUGGACAGGUGGAUUUAGUGAAUCUGGCAGCCGGUUAACAACCCUUUGUCAUGGUCUCGCCACAGAGAUCCACAUUUCCAGGCUCUAAUUAACAUUAAUUAUAGUGGGAAAUUUCACUUACAAACCAUGACAGAGGGGACUGAAGCCAAAAACUGAAAUUUAGCAUGUCAGUCAUGUAGCAAAACCUCUAUUCAUGCCAGUGACUUUGGAGUGGAAUUAAACUUUUUUUGUGUGCUCGCAAAGUGAAGAUGUUUCAGGAGUAAAUAUACGUUUAUGCAAACGCACAUUGUGUGAGUCGACCUUGUUGUACUGCAAAAACUGUAGCUAGAGAUCACCUAAAGGAUUCACUAUUGUUUGCACAUUUUAUAGUGUGUCAGUGUGUCGCAAUGAACCAGUUGAAGUACCAUAGUCUGAUAAUCAGAACUGGAAUUCUCAGGUUCCAUAUGUGUGUGUGUGUAUGUUUGUGUGAUUGCCAAACAGAUUUUGGCCACUGAUUUAAUUCUUAUCAUAUCAGGAGCAAGCGAUUUGGAUCACAGUUCUAAUCGAAGUGGAUAAUUAAUUGUACCGGUACUCUAAUUGUCUCGACACACAAGCAUUAUCAUCAAGUACAUGUUGACACAAAGAUAGCUGUUUAUCAUUGUAUUUAGUUUAUGAUCCUGUGUACAAUUUUGUGGAUAGUGUAUAAAUGUGACUAUAAAAUUGUGUGUAUUUUGCCUUUCAAGGAUUACUUAGUUACUUGAACCUCUCAAUACAGCGUACAUGUUUCUACAUUUUUGGUGUUUGCCAGAAAAAUUAAGUAGAUGUAGAAUUAAUCACA